CUCGAAGUGGACUUUUUCCUUUAUUGAGUGAGUUGCUUCUAAGUCGCAAAAUCGUCAUCUUCUACUAUUGUAGGAUUGCUAGAAGAGGCGGACAUUACAAAGGCUGGAACUUACAAAGUGUAAAGUACAUUUUUUUGCUGUCGUGAAAGCAAGGCAACCCGCAUACCGAACCGUGGAAGCAAAACACUUGUCCUGUCUUUUCCGCUAACACUUUACUGUCCUCGCGUCAGCUCCGUUGGAGUGCUCUGAAUGCUGUUUCCUCAUGCUGGAUGUGGUGUAGGCAAUGGGUUAUUGCAAGGCUCCUUGUGUGUUUUUACUAUGCCUCUUCAUCAGUUUCUGCCUUCCCCGUCAAUUGUUGGCUGAUGAGGUUGACAAAAACCUGACAGCUCAGCUGUUUAUAGAUGCUUCCGAACAGUCAAGCCGUCCAAUACCUCAAACACUGUUUGGAAUAUUCUUUGAGGAGAUCAACCAUGCUGGUGCUGGUGGGCUGUGGGCAGAGCUUGUAAGCAACAGAGGAUUUGAAGCUGGGGGUGCUAAUAUUCCUUCAAACAUUGACCCAUGGUCCAUAAUUGGGGACGAGUCAUCUAUAAUUGUGUCAACAGACCGGUCGUCAUGUUUUGAACGUAAUAAGGUGGCUCUCAAAAUGGAGGUGCUCUGUAAUACUGAUGGCACUCAUAUCUGUCCAUCUGGAGGAGUUGGUAUAUAUAACCCAGGGUUCUGGGGCAUGAAUAUUGAGCAAGGGAAGAGCUACAAGAUCGUAUUUUAUGUUCGUUCAACAGGAGCAAUUGACAUUUCUGUAUCUUUUACGAGCUCAGAUGGCUUGCAGACGCUAUCCUCCACCAACAUAAAAGCUUCUGCUUCUGAUGUUUCAAACUGGACAAAGAUGGAGGUUCUGUUGGAAGCCAAGGAAACAAAUCACAAUUCAAGGCUGCAACUAACAACAUCGAAAAAUGGUGUGGUAUGGUUUGAUCAAGUUUCAGCUAUGCCUUUGGACACUUACAAGGGGCAUGGUUUCCGAAAUGAGCUUGCUGAAAUGCUUGCAGAUAUCAAACCUCGCUUUAUUAGAUUUCCAGGUGGCUGUUUUGUGGAAGGUGAAUGGUUAAGAAAUGCUUUUCGCUGGAAAGCAAGUGUUGGACCUUGGGAAGAAAGACCAGGGCACUUUGGUGAUGUUUGGAUGUACUGGACUGAUGAUGGACUUGGUUACUUUGAGUUUCUUCAAUUAGCAGAGGAUCUUGGUGCAUUGCCAAUAUGGGUUUUCAACAAUGGAAUUAGUCAUAAUGAUCAAGUUGAUACAUCCAGUGUUCUGCCUUUUGUGCAAGAGGCCCUUGAUGGCAUUGAGUUUGCUAGAGGUGAUGCUAGUUCUACAUGGGGUUCUGUUAGAGCUGCAAUGGGACACCCUGAACCUUUCGAUUUGAAAUAUGUUGCUAUUGGGAAUGAGGAUUGUGGGAAGAAGAAUUAUCGAGGAAAUUACCUCAAGUUCUAUGAUGCUAUAAAGCGGACCUACCCAGAUAUCAAAAUCAUUACAAACUGUGAUGGAUCUUCUCUCCCGCUUGACCACCCAACUGAUCUUUAUGAUUUUCAUGUUUAUACAUCUGCCAACAACUUGUUUUCUAUGUCCCAUAAAUUUGAUCGUACAACACGACAGGGUCCAAAGGCCUUUGUUAGUGAAUAUGCUGUGACUGGGAAAGAUGCUGGCACUGGAAGUCUUUUAGCAGCACUUGCUGAGGCUGCAUUCCUUAUUGGUCUGGAAAAGAACAGCGAUGUUGUGCAUAUGGCUAGCUAUGCACCACUUUUUGUGAAUUCCAAUGACAGACGGUGGAACCCAGAUGCAAUCGUCUUCAACUCCUUUCAGGUGUAUGGAACUCCUAGCUACUGGGUGCAACGUUUUUUCACAGAAUCAAGUGGAGCAACUCUUCUUAAUGCAACACUGCAAAAAGAUUCAUCUAAUUCCCUUGUUGCAUCUGCAAUUACUUGGAAAAAUUCAGAGGAUGGUCAAACCUACAUAAGGAUAAAGGUUGUAAACUUUGGGAGCAAUUCAGUCAACCUCCAAAUUUCUGUUGAUGGAUUGGAUCCAAAUUCUGUAAAGCUGUCUGGAUCAACAAAGACCACUCUCACGUCUGCUAAUCUGAUGGAUGAGAAUUCCUUCAAGGAGCCAAAGAAGGUCGCUCCUAAUCAAACACUGCUGGAAGAUGCGCAAGAGAUGAGUGCGCUACUGCGACCACAUUCUUUCACUUCAUUUGAUUUGUUAAAAGAGUCUGUGAGUCUUAGAAUUACAGAGGAUGAUUCUUCUCUCGUAUCUUCCAUCUGAAAUAAAUUAAUGGGAAGUAGUAAUAUGCAAAACGUAAAAGAUGCGUGGGUCUAUAUAUAUUAAAAUAAUGAUAGUUCACCAGCGAUCUGGUGGAUAUCAAGUCUUUGCAUUCAAUCAGCUAUGUAUAUAAAGUCUCCUCUGCCAUUUGGUUUUCAUUUUAGGGUUCAUCAAAUAUAACAUAACAUUUCGUAAUCUCACAUCCCUGAAUAAAAUUAUGUGUUUGGGUUUUAUCA